UGAUACACUAAUUUGGAUCCAACUAUCAGCUGGGCGAGUGAGUGAGGGCGGCCGUUGCUACACUGGUCCGCUAGAGGCAGCCACACGUCGCGGUUCAGAGAUAGAGAGAGAGGCGUCUGUGGAAUGAAAGGUUAUUGCAGAGUAGUCUAUCUACUACCUGGCGCCCUAGGUUGGCCGGGCAGAAGAGGAGAGACGAGGUUGCAGUUUCACCGGCCGUGAAAUGGACAAGGCGCCGGUCACAGCUGCCUCUUGUCGAUACGCCAACAUGCCGUGGCGUAUGCAGAACCUCGUGCACGACUCCGGCGGCAGCUCAGACGAUGAAUUCUUCGAUGCGCGAGAUGAGGUGGCGGAAGGCAAAAAUGCCCUUCUGCUAGGGAUGAGCACGUGGAACUCGAACGACCUGGUGGAGCAGAUUGAGACCAUUGGAACAUUGGACGAUGGCCAAGGUGACAUGUACAGAGACUCUCUCAGGCGGCAGCGAUGUCCAACACAAGGCAGCAUGGAAGGACAAGAUGAUCCGGAGGAUAUGAGGAAGUGCAAGGUCCGUGUGCUGAUCCUGGUUCUUCACGGAGGGAACAUUCUGGACACGGGCGGCGGAGACCCAGGCUCGAAGGCCGCAGACGUCAACACCUUCACUUCAGUUCUCGAGAAAGUAACCAGCGCCCAUUUUCCCGCUGCCCUCGGACAUUUUCUCACCAAGUUGGUCCCCUGCCCUUCCAUCUGCUCUGAGGCCUACUCGCUGGUUUCUAACUUGAACCCGUACAGCUACGAUGAAGGUUGCCUGAGCAGCACCGAGGAACACAUCCCAAUGUCGGCACUGCCCCUGCUGGCUAUCUCCUCGCCUCAAUAUCAGGAUGCAGUUGCCGCCGUGAUCAACCGCGCUAACCAGACUUACAACGAGUUUCUGAAGUCUGAAGAUGGGAUUGGAUUCAACGGACAGGUCUGCUUAAUUGGUGACUGUGUGGGUGGAAUCCUGGCAUUUGAUGCCUUGUGCUACAGUUCCCAUGCAGCGGGCGAGAGUCAGAACAGCAGCAGGAGAGGCAGCAUCAGCAGCAUCCAGGACAACACGCACUCAACCGAUGAUCCAGGGUCAGACCUGAGCUCCAGCAAGCGGCUGAGUAAGAGCAACAUUGACAUCUCGGCAAUCGAAGCAAAGGAACCAAGGAAGCUAUUGCCAAGGAAACAGAGUGAUGCUUCCACCUAUGACUGUGAUUCCAUGAGCCAGCACCAUGGGUUUCUCUCAAGGAUUCACUCCGGUGCAUUAAUUGAUGACCCCGACGUACAGCGGAUGAACAGCACUAAUCUCCUGGAUGGAAACACAUGCCGAUUUGAUUUUGAUGUCUCUGAUUUCUUCCUCUUUGGAUCCCCACUGGCCUUGGUUUUAGCCAUGAGGUGGACAGUCCUUCCUUCUGUUGACGUGGCUCAGUUGCGGCCGGCGUGUGCCCAGGUGUACAGCCUGUUCCAUUCCGCUGACCCGUCGGCCUCUCGCUUGGAACCUCUGCUGGAGAAGAAGCUCCACCUCCUGGCCCCGGUGUCUGUGCCGAGGUACCAGCGAUACCCGCUGGGAGAUGGCAACUCCACACUGCUAGCUGACCUGAUCCAGAGCCACCAGUCGCUCUUUCUGGAAAGUUCUAAUGCGCUGAUACCGCCCACCACGCUGCUGACUCAGCUGCAGCGAGAGAUUCGUAGGGGCAGUCAAACCAGCAUCUCCAGCGAGGUCUCAGGCUGCUCGGAGAACUUCCUUGCAGCCAACAUUGCCGGCAUCACGUCGAAGUGGUGGGGAACGAAGAGGAUAGACUACGCGCUCUAUUGUCCUGACGCCUUGACCGCGUUCCCAACCGUGGCUCUCCCACACCUCUUCCACGCCAGCUACUGGGAGUCGACGGACGUGUUGGCCUUCGUUCUACGUCAGGUGAUGCGAUUUGAGAGCGUGAACAUAAAGGAGAGCGACGGCAAGGACACGUCCGAGGGCAGUGAGUCGAGUCCGCGGGAGAAGUGGCUUCGCAGACGCACGCACGUGAAACUCAGGAAUGUAACGGCUAAUCACCGAGCCAACGAUGUCAUUGUUGCUGAAGGUGGCCCUCAGUUGCUCAUUGGGAGGUUUAUGUACGGUCCGCUCGACAUGGUCACCCUGACUGGAGAAAAGGUGGACAUUCUCCUCAUGACACAACCUCCUGCUGGGACGUGGGUGUACUUUGAUACCAAACUCACCAGCAACAGUGGCCGGGUCCUGUACACCAUACCAAAGGAAAAGGCACUUGGUGUUGGCGUUUACCCAGUGAAGAUGGUUGUAAGAGGUGACCAGACGCACGCAGAGAGCCACCUGACCGUGCUGCCGAGGGGGAUGGAGUGCGUGGUCUUCAGCAUCGACGGUUCCUUUGCUGCCAGUGUCUCCAUCAUGGGCAGUGACCCAAAGGUCAGAGCAGGAGCGGUGGAUGUGGUCAGGCACUGGCAGGAUCUGGGCUACCUCAUCAUCUACGUCACCGGGAGACCUGACAUGCAGAAGCAGCGGGUGGUAUCCUGGCUGGGACAACAUAACUUCCCCCAGGGUAUGAUCACCUUCUCCGAGGGACUGGUCCACGACCCCUUGCGACAGAAAUCGAUCUUCCUGCGCAACCUUGUGCAAGAGUCCCACAUCAAAAUCGCUGCUGCAUACGGAUCGAUGAAGGAUAUUACGGUCUACAACGUCCUGGGCCUGACACCAAAUCAAAUCUACAUUGUCGGACGCCCUUCAAAAAAGUACCAGAAUCAAUGCCAGUUCCUGUCGGAAGGCUACGCGGCCCACCUGGCCCAGCUGGAGUUCGCCCACCGUUCUCGGACCAAGAAGAGCACGUCGCGCAUGAUCCUGCGCAAGGGCAGCUUCGGCCUGGCGGCCCAGCCCGACUACCUGCGCAAGCGCACGCACCUGCGGCGCACCAUGUCCGUGCAGCAGCCCGAGCCUCCGUCCUGCAGCCACAAGCCCGAGCGGGCGCAGAGCCAGCCCGAGUCCGACAAGGUGGAGCGCCACCCCCACAGCAUCGCCUGGGCGCGCAGCGGCGGCUCCAAGUCCGAGCCGGGCGUGUGAACGAGCAUUCGCCAUCAUCACCAGGCAGCCGAGACUCUCCCCCCCCCCCCCCCCACCCACAAACUUCACCCAGACUCCCAGCAGGAGAGGAAACGUGAAGCUUGACGAUCCAACUUGGAAACUAGGCCCCGGGCCUGGAAUCGCCCUCUCCUGCCCCAAACAACAGUAGAGGUGGCACCAGGCACCGACAUCCCUUCAACACUGAUCUGCCACUAACCCCUGGUGAAUCUCUACAGAUGGAGAUGGUUCAACGGUUCUACAUAGACAAUAGAUGCAGGAGUAGGCCAUUCGGCCCUUCGAGCCAGCACCGCCAUUCAAUGUGAUCACGGCUGAUCAUCCCCAAUCAGUACCCCGUUCCUGCUUUCUCCCCAUAUCCCUUGAUUCCGUUAGCCCCAAGAGCCAAAUCUAACUCUCUCUUGAAUACAUGCAGUGAAUUGGGCCUCCACUGCCUUCUGUGGCAGAGAAUUUCACAUAUUCACAAAAGUUUUUUCCUCAUCUCAGUCCUAAAUGGCCUAUCCCUUACGGCCCUGUCCCACAGUACGAGUUCAUUCCAAGAGUUCUCUCGAGUUUGCCCUGAUUCGAACUCGGAGAUUUAUGGUAAUGGCCGCUCGUCAGUACUCUGGGCUCUCGUGGACAUUUUUCCACCAUGUUGAGAAAUCUUCACGAGUCUUCCCGAGUUAACCUGCCGUUAGCGUUACGAGCCACUAAGAGACGCCCCCGAGCUCCGACGUACCUGCUACGUACACUCUACAUGCUUACCACGAGUUUGAUUUUUUUUUUAACUCGGGAGAGCUCUUGAAUGACCUCGUACAGUGGGACAGCCCCUUUAGGGCACGAGGUGAUUGCUGGUCGGCACGGACUCGGCGGGCCGAAGGGCCUGUCUCCACAAUCUUAAGGGAGUUGAUGGCACAUAAGAUCUGCUCUCAUUAUAAUCCUUAUAAAUGGAGUCUCUGACAAUGGUGGAUAGUGGUCCAUUCACACUGGGCCUUGACCUUGAACGGAACACAAGGGCCGGAGAGGGAUUUGGAAUUACCAGCCGUGCAAAGUGCAAAUGUAUGGGGAGGGUUGGCUGGAGGAGUGAGAGAGACAGAGUUCUGGACUGUGCACAGUCCUCCUUCCUAUCUGCUUCCAACUUUGUAUUGUACAACAACAAUGUCCUGUAGCCCUGUAGAGAGAAACUGAGACCAUGGAAUAAGCCUGGAUAGAGUGGAUGUGGAGAGGAUGUUUUCACUAGUGGGAGAGUCUUGGAGUAGAGGUCACAGCCCCAGAAUUAAAGGACGUUCCUUUAUGAAGAUGAGGAGGAAUUUCUUUAUAGACAAUAGCCAAUACGUGCAGGAGUAGGCCAUUCGGCCCUUCAUGCCAGCACCGCCAUUCAACGUGAUCAUGGCUGAUCAUCCACAAUCAGAGGGUGGCGAAUCUGUGGAAUUCUUUGCCACAGACGGCUGUGGAGGCCAAGUCAAUGGACAUUUUUUAAGGCCGAGAUCGAUAGAUUCUUGAUUAGUACGGGUGUCAGGGGUUUGGGGGAAAAUGGGAUUAGGAGGGAGAGAUAGAUCUGCCGAGAUUGAAUGGCGGUUGACCUGAUGGGCCGAAUGGCCUAAUUCUAAUCCGUUCACCAGGAAGAAAAUGGGAUAGAUGUUAGUAUCUCAAACCCAGCAAGCAUGGGCAAAGAAAUGGCACAAAAUUUGCCGCAGUAUGCCAAACUAAAAAAAAAAUGAUACACUUGGUGAGAUGAAAGCUUACCCAUGGGGAAGAAACUAUAAACUCAGAAGGCCAAGUGACUCUGGACUUGAGGAAACCAUGAUGAAUCCCUUCCAUAACCAGGGACAAGGAGAACAAGUGUGUAAAUGCUGGUUUAAACCGUAGACACUACAAGCUGGAGUAACUCAGCGGGACAGGCAGCGUUCCCUGGAGAGAAUCGAAACGUCACCCAUUCCUUCUCUCCACGGACACCGCCUGUCCCGCUGAGCUACUCCAGCUUUUUGGAGUCUCUCUCUCUCUCAAGGAGAACAAGUGUCGGAAUUAAACUUGCAAAAAAGGUGGCGACAGAGAAGCCUGUACAUAGUGAGCAACUUUUCCAGGGCUACGCAUCAAGCAUUGUGUUCUGCCGUGUGCGAGUACGUGAAAUAUUUGUUAUGUCGCGGUGUUCCUGGCCUGAUUGCAACGGUCAAAAAAUGUUGACGGGAAAAAAUGUUAAGAGGUAACUACCAAAGAUGCUGUAGCGAGCAAGAUAGUCCACUCAACGAAAAAGACGUAGUACGUUCACGGGCAGAUUCGUGGGUAAUUUUCGGCCCCAUUUCCGUAACCGGGGCCGCAAAUUCCCAUAGCGCAGCAAAGAUACUAGUGCGGAGACGGAAGCUGGAAGCAUCCUCGUAAAUAUCACAAAGUACUUUGGUUAAAAUCUCAUCCUCAUUUUCAGAAUUAUAUAAUAUAUGAACACAAACUGUUCCCCCGCAACGUUGAUUACACUGCAAGAGGGAUAACCAAAGUCGGGUCUGGGUUACUAAAAUGGCCGACAUUCCGCUCCGUUGCGUACUGCACGUCAGCCCAUUGGAUUUAGCAGGAGUGGACUAUCUUGCUGGCUAUAGGAUCUUUGACAACUGCUGUGUUUCACCCUUUAUUAAAACAAAUCUACAGUGUUUCACAUUGUUGCAUACAUCGUUGCUUGACCAAAGUAUCUCACCACUUGCUGUAAUGGUGCAAUGUCUUGUGUGUAUAUAUUAACUUAUUUUGGUAUCGAUUAUAUGGUGUAAAACUAUGGUUUUGUUCGUGUGCCUUUUGUGAUGGACAACAAACAAUGAUGUACUUUGUGUAUAAGUUGGUCUAGAUUUUUAUGUGUACAGUUUUGCAUUGCUUAAAUGAGGUGACAAGCUGGCUGCACAAGGACAUGUGCCGCGUUCCAGGCUGGUUUUAUUUGUUGAAUCGAUUCGGGAAUAUAUUUAUUAAAAGUUACAAUGUGGUUUUUGUAGAGAAACAUCGAACCCUGCACUUUCUUACUUUUCAAAACACUGAGAUCGCAACAAGGUGGAGAGAGGAUUAAAAAUAAAAGAAAUGAAGACAGAAGAUGCUGGCUCGAAGGGCCGAAUGGCCUACACCUUCACCUAUUGUCUAUUGUCUAAGAUGGGCGGCGCAGUGGGAGAGUUGCUGCCUCACAACGCCAGAGACACGGGUUCGAUCCCGACUACGGGUGCUGUCUGUUACGUUCUCCCCGUGACCUGCGCGGGUUUUCUCCGAGAUCUUUAAUUUCCUCCCACACUCCAAAGACGCGCAGAAUCAUUGGCUUGGUACAAAUGUAAAAUUGUCCCUGGUGUGUGCGUGUGUAGGAUGCUGUUGGGGUGCGGGGAUCGCUGGUCGGUGCCGACUCGAUGGGCCGAAGGGCCUGUUUCCGCGCUGUAUCUCUAAACUAAAUAGAAUCUUGCCUUUACAGCACUAAAACAGGCCCUUCGGCCCAGCUUGCCCACGCCGACCAAGAUGCCCCAUCUGAGAUAAUUCCACCUGCCCACUGAACCCAUAUCCCUCGAAAUCUUUCCAGUCUUGAGUUAUACA